AUGCAAAAAGUAUCUGAAGCUAAUCGUUUGGCUGAGCAAGAGCUUGACCUAUCCAUAGCCAAACUAGAUGAAAUCUUUGACAGUCUGGGUGAAAGAAUAGCAGAUCAAAAUGAACCCACUGAUGUUGAUGCACUAGAUGUUGAGGACACCACUCCAGAGAUGGAGAAAGCUGAAAAGGAGAGAAAAGUGAAUAUUAUUGUGGACAAGGAUAGUGCAGAGGUUAAGGAUGACAAUGUUGACUAUGGCAACAUGGUAGAAAAACUAGUAGAGACUGUUGAGGUUAAGAUCCCAACCCAAAUAGAGCAAUCAUCACAAACAGAGCAAUCAUUACAAACAAAGCAACCAUUGGAUACUGGGAAGAAUACUGAAGGUAUAUAUGCUGGCAUAGGGCCGCCAAAGACUGAAAUAUCGACAAUUGAGCAUACAGAGAAACCUACUGAGGCAGAGGAAGCUAAAACAAUUACACUGACACAGUCUGAACAUUCAACUGUGACUGAUGAUCAAAGUCAUGAACCUGAAGCUCAAAAGACUCCAAGGUUUGAAGAUGUAUGGGCAGAUUUUGAAGAUGCCGAAGACAUAAGAAGAAUGGAUUUCAAUCAUCUUACCCUAGAGCAGAUUGAAAAUCUGGAUCUAGCAAAAAUCCCAAUGACCAUGGAGGAUACCGAUGACAUAGUAGACCUAGUCUAUUAUGAAAAGAAGAUUGUUGAUUCACCACUCCCACUGGUGCAAUGGUCCAAGAAGGAGAGAAAGUCUAUUACUCAAAGAAUUUACCCCAUUUUAGAAAAUACCAAUGCAUGGUUGUUGAAGAAGAAUCUUAGAAUGAAACAAAUUCCUGCUAGUUCUAGAGAUGAUGACAAUAUUGAUGGUCUAGUUGGUAAGACAACUACAACUGGAACAAGGACCAAGAGAAAAGAAAAUCAGCAAGCACCAUCCUCAGCUCCUGCAACCCAAUCUAAGGGAAAAGGCCCCAAAAUUAAAUUCACAGUUAAGGGAUCUAAACAAGGUGAGUCAUCUUCAGCAACGCAGGAGACAACCACAAAAGAGUUAGAACAACAGUCUACUAAAGAGACUGAAAAAGAAAAGGAGUCAGAAGAAGAUCAAGAGGAUGAGGGAUUUGAUGAUGAGGAGUUAGAUAUGGACAUGACACAGUCAGAAGCUAUUCAACAGUUUUUCACAUUAUCCAUUUUUUCUAGUUUAGAUGAUAUUCCUUAA